AUGGACGUGCAAUGGUGUCCCUGGAAAGCAGGGAGAAGGGCUUCAUCCAAAGAGGGCAAAGGUCCACGAAGGGGAUGUCCUUCCCUGUGUAAUGGGUCACUACUGCAAGUGGCUCCCGUCUUGGUCGAGUUUGGUUGUUGUGGCCCAAGAGAACCAAUCGAGAAUCCACCGAACCAGGACACAGGCGCAAUAAUUCUCCACCGUAUACUACCAAAUCCUACAAGGAUUUGGAUUGACCCGGUUUUGAAGGCAGAGGAGGUGUUUGGAAAGCACGGUCAUGACCGCUGUGGACAGUAUUAUAACACACUGAUGCCAUAUCAUACACCUUCUCAAGUAUCCAUUCAUCUGAAGAGAAUGGGAAGUAAUUUUGCUGAUAACAUUCCUAGAGUUGGUCAGGCAGAAGGUCCUGAAACGAAUAUUGAAAUAAAAAUAAAAACAUUGGAUUCUCAAACCUAUACUUUGAGAGUGGAUAAACAGAUGCCAGUUCCUGCUUUGAAAGAACAGGUUGCUUCUGUCACUGGUGUGCUAUCAGAACAACAACGUCUAAUAUGCCGUGGAAAAGUUUUAAAGGAUGACCAACUACUCUCUGCCUAUCUUUUGAUUGAGUUAGAUGUCGAAGAUGGUCACACCUUACAUCUGGUGGUUAGGCAACCUAUACCGCUAUCAUCUGAGGGUUUAUCCAAUCAUCCAGGCAAUGAUCCUGCAUCAGGUUCAAGCCGGCACGCUGGUCAGGUGGCCCCCAGUGUUGUAAUAGAAACUUUUAGUGUGCCUGAUCAAGGGGAUGGAGUUCCUCCAGAAAUCAGUAGGAUUGUCUCUGCUGUUCUUGGAUCUUUUGGACUUUCAAAUAUUGGAGGUGGCAGUGAAGGGGUAGAUGUUGCCAGGGAGCGUGGUUCACAAAGAACAUCAGCUGCUGGAGGCACAAUGGAUGCAAGCCAGCUGCAAUCUGAACAAACUGCCACCAGGGGUCAGUCUGACAGAGCACAAAAUAUUUUUGGGCUUCCAACAGCAGCUUCCUUGGGAUCACUGAAUCCUCCUGUAAUUUCUGAUUCUCUUACAACUUUGUCCCAAUAUCUGAGCCAUAUGGGGCGAGAAUUUGAUGCCAUCGGCAGAGGCAGGGAAAACAAUUCUCAAGCAGAUGCUGCACACAGGACUGAGCAAAUAGAUUCUAAUUCAACGUCACUAUCAGGAACUGGACAAGAAAGGUUUCCAACGCCUGCAUCCUUGGCAGAAGUGAUGCUGUCUAGUAGACAAUUACUCACCGAACAAGUUGCAGAUUGCUUACUUCAACUUGCAAGACAACUAGAGAAUCAAGCAAAUGUUACUGAUCCUGCAGCGCGGCACACCACUCAGUCUAGUGCAUUGAGAACUGGAGUCCAGCUUCAUAAUCUAGGUGCACUUCUACUUGAACUUGGACGUACAAUUAUGACAUUACGACUAGGUCAAGCACCGUCCGAAGCCGUGGUAAAUGCUGGCCCUGCGGUUUUUAUCAAUCAAUCUGGUCCUAAUCCUCUAAUGGUUCAGCCCCUUCCUUUUCAAACAGGGACAAGCUUUGGUGCUAUCCCUGUAGGAUCCAUUCAGUCUGGAUCGGGUUUGGCAAAUGGUAUUGGUACUGGGUUUCUUCCAAGGCGGAUUGAUAUACAAAUACGAAGAGGUUCAUCAACAGCUACUCCCAACAAUAAUCGUGAGGAACGUGGUCAGACACAGCAGACUGCUGGGCAGAGAAACCCACCAACCGGUUCUGGUAGUGAAAAUCCUAGUAAUCAAACAACUUCAAGGGUCCCAGAGGGUUCAUCUUUUGCUGGAGAGGCUGUACGAGUAGUGCCUCUUAGAACUGUGGUUGCAGCCGUUCCUGGCACCCUUGGCCGUCUUCCUUCUGAUUCAUCUGGUAAUUCUGUAGGUCUGUACUAUCCUGUUCUUGGAAGAUUUCAACAUGUAGCUUCUGGGCAUGGGAGUGGUGGACGAGGAUCUCAAGCAACUGUUGAGCAUCCUAUUGCUGGGAUCCAAACUGAGCAGCCGCCAACUCCUGAACCUCCUGUGCAACGGCAAAAUGUUGAACAACGCACAAGAGAUGGUAAUGUGACAAUACUGCAGCUUGAUGAAUUGACCAACCUUGCUGUUCUUCCAGGAUCAUUGCCACCAAAUUCAAGACAAGAGCCUUCUAUUUCUCGCAGUAUAAGUGUCAACAUUCUGUCAGCUAGUGGGGCCCAAAACAACCAAGAUUCUGAACGACAUAUUCCCAACAGUAUUUUGCAGCUUCUGAGGACCAUCUUACCUGGUGAUAUCCAUAUGGAGGAUGCCAGCUCACGAGGAACAACUACUAGUUCCAUACCUGAGACUGCAGGACCAUCUACUGCUACUGCAGAAGCAGAACCAAGAGCUACUGAUGAGGGGAUCUUUUUGUCUAAUUUGCUUCGUGAGAUCAUGCCCCUCAUACCUCAAAGUGGAGGUGCAGAACCCAAUGCCACACCUCCAGGAGAAGCACACACUUCUGGGUAUCAAAGGCUUCAAGAUUCUUCGACCCAUGCUGAAAACUCCGGUGUUGGAACAUCUCGUCGCCAUAGCGAUACUGAACCUACCCCUCCAAAUUCAAAACGUCAAAAGAGCCAAUUUGGUAACAAUCUGUUAUGUGAGUCUCUGGUUGUUGUUCCACUUUCCGUUGUUUCAUUCCUGGAAUAUCUGAUUUUGGUGUAUGGUCAGCCAGUAUGUGAGAAAAAUGAGAGACAGUUUGUUGAUGACAUUACUAUUCGGAAAGCAUUCAUGAGAGGUUUAUGGAUGGCUUUCAAAGGAGAGAGUAGGGGUGUACUGUGUACAUUUAUCAUCAUUGAUAUUCUCCUACUGGGUGCUGAUGCUGCCUUGUGGUGUUUCUUGCUCAGGAUAAACAGAGCAGAAUUAGAAGUUUAA